AUGCCAUCUGCAGCUUUCUCGAGCAAACCCGACGUUGUCGUCGUCGGAGCUGGUAUCGUCGGCUCCGCUCUCGCCUACUCGCUUGGUAAGUCGGGCCGCAGAGUCGCCCUUCUCGAGCGUGACUUUGACGAGCCUGACCGUAUCGUAGGCGAGCUCCUUCAGCCGGGAGGUGUCCGCGCUCUUGCCAAGAUGGGCAUUGUCGAUACUCUCGAAGAUAUCGAUGCUGUGCCUGUCGAAGGCUACCAUGUCUUCUACGGCCCCAGAUCGGUACCCAUUCCAUACCCGCAGGAAAAGUCGGAUGAGGCCGGCAGAGGUGUCGUCAGCAAGAGUGGCAAGGUAGAAGGUCGCAGUUUCCACCAUGGCAAGUUUGUGCAGUCAUUACGCAAAAAGGCACUCCACCAGCCCAACGUCACACCAUACGAAGCCACAGUUCGAGAUCUGCUCAAAGAUGACGAGGGCAGGGUUGUCGGUAUCAGCGCCACUUGGAAGAAAGCACCAGAAGGCCAAGCGGAAGCCUUCGAACUUCGCGCGCCUCUCACCAUUGUCGUCGACGGCUGCUUUUCCAAAUUCCGCCGCACACAUGGCAGCUCGAUACAGCCUGUGGUUCGAUCCAACUUUGUCGGCCUCGAGCUUCACGACGCUCCCCUUCCCGCACCGCAUCACGGCCACGUGGUCCUCUCUAAAAACGGCCCCGUCCUUCUCUAUCAGAUCGGCACUCACACCACCCGUAUCCUCAUCGAUGUGGCGGGCGAGAAGCUCCCUUCUGUAGCCAAGGGGGACCUGCAGAAGCACGUCAACGAAAACGUCAUCCCGCAACUUCCCGAGCAGCUGCGCCAAUGCGUAGCAACCGAGAUGGCUAAGGGUCAGCGUCUGCGCAGCAUGCCCAACUCGUUCCUCCCGCCCAGCAUGCAGGGUCAGUCGGAGCACGCCAAAGGUGUCAUUGUCGUCGGCGACGCCAUGAACAUGCGCCAUCCAUUGACCGGAGGUGGCAUGACCGUGGGUUUGUGGGAUGCCGUCCACCUCACCGAAGCGCUCGGUGGAUCCGACUGGGCGCCACUUUCGGGGUCCAAGCCAUCACGCACACCACUGGAUCUCAGCAGUUGGUCUCAUGUCAGCCCGGCGCUGCGGUCAUGGCACUGGAACCGCAAGGGCCUGUCCUCCGUCAUCAACAUCCUCGCCCAAGCACUCUACAGCCUGUUUGGUGCCGACGACGAGAACCUAGAAGUGCUGCGCGAGGGCUGUUUCAAAUACUUCGAGAUGGGCGGCGAGUGCGUCAAUGGCCCCGUGUCGCUGUUGUCUGGAUUGGCUCCCCGACCGAUGCUACUCGUGGGCCACUUUUUCGCCGUGGCACUGUACAGCAUCUAUGCGCUGUUCGUCCACCCGCGGUUCUAUCCUGCGGAACAGCGAACACGCAAACCUUCGCCACUGGAAUACCCCGCUUUGGUCUGGCGAUCCAUUAUGGUCUUCUACACGGCCUGUAUCGUUCUUCUCCCCGUCGUCUUCACAGAGAUGAAGUCCAACAUCCCACGUCUCAGCCCCACAUCGUCAGCAUCAUCAACAGCAGGUGCAAGGGGAAAGAAGGGUUCGACCGGCGGAUUGGUCACAGACAACUUUGCCCUGGUGAGCGCGUCCAUCUUGCUCAUCGGUACGGCGAUGCUUUGGGGCCAGGCAAAGGAUCCUGCGGCGGCAAAGACUUUGACCAACUGGUUGGUGAUUCCCAAAGUCGCAGCUCGUUCGUCCUGA